AUGCCAUCCGCAUCAGCCGUUACACAACUUGUUAAAUAUAUGAAUGAACAUCCGGCGAGGCGUGCAUCUCCACCACAACGUAUCGUUGAACUCAUCGACCACCUUUCAUCCUCUACGACACAAGACCCCGUAUUAACACCAUCACUUACACAACACUCACUACUCGAAGAUUAUUCCUAUCAUGAAGCAAUUUCAGCACGAACACCGGUAGCUUCUCCUCCGGCACCGCUCAUCGCUUCUCUAAUCGUACAAUCAGAAGGACUGAUUGUAAACUCUUCAAAUUCACAAUCAUCGAUUGCUCCUCCUCCUAAAAAUAAUCAAGUUACAAGUGUUUCAGGCGUGGCUGGAAGACAAGUAAAACAUGAUACACCUGAACCAAUGGAGGAUACGAUGAAUCAAGAUCUUGAGGUACCUGUUCCUCAAAUAUGGUUUGGUCAGAGUAAAUGUGUUCACGAGUUCUCGUACACUUUGAUAAACUUGAAUUAUAGUCGUCGUUAUUAUCAAAAUUACGUGUUACGACGACAACCACUACCACCACCACCAAGACAUCAAAAACAUCAAGACAACUAA